AAGCAAGCUAUCUAAGGGAAUUGGGAAUUGGAAAUUAGUGGGCACCAAACUACAAUAUACCCCAAAGGGACACAAAUGAAAUGGGAAUUGAGAAAAAAAGGACUGCCAACUGCCCAGCCUAUGAGUAUUUGCCUUUUACUGUUUUAUUCAGUUCUGCUUAAUUAUGUGUGUGUGUGAUGCAUGAUAAGCUGCUUUUUGAUGCAUUACUAUGUUGACUAGCCCCAUACUUGAUACCAUUAUAUCAACCCCACCACGUACCCCCCCCCCCUCCCCUCCCCUUUCUCACUACCACCACCUUCUCCUUCUCUCUAUUCCUAUUUUCUUCUGCUUUGGCUUGCCUCUCGAUCUCACUGUAUAUCACAAUUAGGGUUUAAUAUUUCUUCUCCAAUGGGUUUGUGUCUACUAUCUCAUCUUAGCUUCCAUACCAUCACAGGAAGAGCAUGAUGUGAGUAGUGAUAUGAUGAUCAUAUCAUAUAUAUAUCCUCACCUCGUACACAGUGAAAAAUCCUAAGAUGAACAUCAUGUUUGGCUUUGGAAUCUAAAAAGUUUCUGAGUUUUACAAAGCAACAUGCAGAGUGGCUUUCUGCAUCUUGUUCCCUUGUUUUCAAGAAGAUCAUUAGAAGGCUCCCUUUUGUCAGAUCAUUAUGUGGAGGAUUGAAAGAUGUUGCUGAAAAUCGAUUACCUCGAGUUCUUUCUAGUUAGAAAAGAGCACAACAGAACACUCGUUCAUUAGAAGUAGUACGAGAUUUUUGUGCAGUUCUGCAAAAUGAAGUUUAUGAAAAUCGGGUCUAGGCCAGAUACCUUUUACACAGAAGAUGCUACUAGGACAAUGGUUUCGGACAUGCCAAGUGACCUCACUAUUCUGAUCAACAACAUUAGUUUUCUUCUUCAUAAGUUUCCACUUCUUCCCAAGUGUGGGCUCCUACAACGCCUCUGCUCGAACGCUGAAGAUUCUGGCAAUGUUGUUGUGGAGCUGCACGACAUUCCAGGGGGGGAAGUGGCGUUUGAGUUGUGCGCGAAGUUCUGCUAUGGCAUCACCAUCAGUGUAAGUGCUCAGAAUUUCGUGCCCGCGUUUUGUGCUGCCAAAUUCCUCCGGAUGACAGACGUGUUUGAGAAAGGGAAUCUCGUUCCAAAACUCGAGGCGUUCUUCGCUUCGUGCAUUCUUGAAGGCUGGAAGGACUCAAUUCUUGCGCUGAAGAUGACUGAGAAGUUAGCUGAGUGGGCAGAGAAUCUUGGGAUAAUGCGAAAAUGUAUUGAUUCCAUUGUGGAGAAGAUUUUGUGUCCUCCUGUUAAGGUCAGGUGGUCUUAUACAUACACGAGACCGGGCUAUGAUCAAAGGCGGCGCCAGCAAUCCGCCCCGAAGGAUUGGUGGACCGAGGACUUAUCUGAGCUAAGUAUAGACCACUUCAGGUGCAUAAUCUCGGCGGUUAAGUCAACAAACGCGUUGCAGCCCCAGCUCAUAGGGGAGGCGUUGCACGUCUACGCCUGUCGUUGGCUGCCCGACGUUACGAAGGCUCUGCCUCUAGCAAGUUCGAGUAGCAGUGCCCAAUCUCUAGACAGGAAGCAGCGCGUUCUCGAGACAAUCGUGAGCCUGAUUCCAACCGAUGCAGGGUCUGUUUCUGUCGGGUUCCUGCUGAGGCUCCUCAGUACUGCAAACCACUUAGGAGCGUCCCCGGUCACAAAGGCGGAGCUCAUUAGGCGGUCGGGCCUGCAAUUCGAAGAGGCAACGCUAAAUGACCUGCUGUUACAUUCACAAGGUUCGGGUUCGGGCAGUGGUUGUGAUUUUGGACUGGUUGAGAUUGUUGCUGAGAGUUUUUCGAGGCAGUGGCGAAGGCAGGCUUCCGGGGAUGAAACCCGGUCAGUAAGAUCCAUCACGAAGAUCGCGAAGCUAAUCGACUCGUAUCUACAAGUCAUUGCCAGGGACCCCAAAAUGCCUGUGGAAAAGAUGGUCUCUAUAGCUUCAGCAGUUCCAGAAAUGGCCAGGCCUGUUCAUGAUGACCUUUACAAGGCAAUCAACACUUACCUAAAGGAGCACCCUGACCUAAGCAAAGCAGAAAAGAAGCACCUUUGCAGCAUCCUAGACUGCCAGAAACUGUCCCGGGAAGUAUGCGGCCACGCAGUGAGGAACGACCGGCUGCCAUUGAGGACCAUUGUGCAAGUGCUGUUUUUCAAGCAAGACAGAGGGAGCACAGCCACUGCGAGUAAGCUCCCAUCCCCUAAGCAGCAGCCUCACAACCACCAUCAUAGCUUGAUGAAAAGAUUGAACCUUGAUUCAGACCAACAAUCAGUCAAAACAGAUGACAGAAGAAAAUCAUCAGAUCAUCAUGUAAAUGUUAAAGGCAUUUCUCCACAAAUAGAGCCCAGAAAGGAGAGGGAGAUCUUAGAAGAGGGAGUGUCGGGAACCAAACUGGAUCCUCCUCGUAUACAAAGGACAAGAUAGCUAGGGUGCAUAGCUAUAACGUUAACCUAUGCAUGCAUGGAAAGACAUCCACUGACAACAGAUCAACAUCCUAUGAUUAAUUAAAUUGGCUGUGGAGAUAUAUUUUUUUUUUAUCACAGAUGAUGACAAUAUCAUACAGUUUCUCAGUGAAUCAAUGUAUCAUAUAUUUUCGUAUAA